CUCUUUGCUUUCAGAAUACACGCAGCUCUGCCCCGGGACUCACUGCUAUUGGAUUUAAUACCCAGUCACCAUCCGCCUCAGCUUUCAGCUAUGGAAUCGACGGUUGAUGAUGACGCGGUAGCAGUAUAGAUGAACAUCACGUGAGGAGAAGAACAAUGCCCAAGGGUGGGUGUUCUAGAACACCACAGUCAGAAGAGUGUUCUGUCAGCAACGACAUGGUGGAGAAGCAGACGGGGAGAAAGGAUAAAGAUAAAGUUUCUCUAACCAAGACUCCAAAGCUGGACCGCAGUGAUGGAGGAAAGGAGGUGAGAGAGCGAGCCACCAAACGGAAGCUGCCCUUCACUGUGGGCGCCAAUGGAGAGCAGAAGGACUCGGACACAGCCAUGGCCUGCAGUUUGCACCUGUGUCCUAGAACAGCCCAAACCAUCUUGGCACCACCCAGCGGCUCCACCUGGCAUUCAUGGACUUCAGGGAGGACCCCUAGUUUCCCACCAGCAGAAAAAAAGAUGCCUCCAGCCCAGUCCAUGUCGUGGUACUGCAAGGCUGGUUCGCUCCUCGAAGCGCCAUGGCAUGAAAUGGAGGUUCCUAGAAGCAAGAAGAAAGAGAAGCAGGGUCCUGAGCGGAAGAGGAUUAAGAAGGAGCCCGUCACCCGGAAGUCGGGGCUGCUAUUUGGCAUGGGGCUGCCUGGGAUCCGAGCCGGCUACCCUCUCUCCGAGCGCCAGCAAGUGGCCCUCCUCAUGCAGAUGACAGCAGAGGAAUCUGCAAAUAGCCCAGUAGACACAACACCAAAGCACCCCUCCCAGGCAACAGUGUGUCAGAAGGGGACGCCUAACUCUGCCUCAAAAACCAAAGAUAAAGUGAACAAGAGGAAUGAGCGUGGAGAGACACGCCUACACCGGGCUGCCAUCCGGGGAGACGCCCGACGCAUUAAGGAGCUCAUCAGCGAGGGGGCCGAUGUCAAUGUCAAGGACUUUGCAGGCUGGACUGCACUACAUGAGGCCUGUAACCGGGGCUACUACGAUGUGGCAAAGCAGUUGCUGGCUGCAGGUGCUGAGGUGAACACCAAGGGCCUAGACGAUGACACACCUCUGCACGACGCUGCCAACAAUGGGCACUACAAGGUGGUGAAGCUAUUGUUGCGAUAUGGAGGGAACCCCCAGCAGAGCAACCGGAAGGGCGAGACACCACUGAAGGUAGCCAGCUCCCCGACCAUGGUGAACCUACUGCUGGGAAAAGGCACCUAUACGUCCAGUGAAGAGAGCUCCACCGCAGAGAGCUCAGAGGAGGAAGAUGCUCCUUCAUUCGCACCAUCCAGCUCAGUGGAUGGCAAUAAUACAGACUCUGAGUUUGAGAAAGGACUCAAGCACAAGGCUAAGAAUGCAGAGCCGCAGAAGGCUGUGGCCCCUAUCAAGGACGAGUAUGAGUUUGACGAGGACGACGAGCAGGACAGAGUUCCUCCAGUGGAUGACAAACAUCUACUAAAGAAAGAUUACAGAAAAGAAACAAAGUCAAACAGUUUUAUUUCUAUACCUAAAAUGGAAGUGAAAAGUUACACUAAAAAUAACACAAUUGCACCAAAGAAAGCAGCUCAUCGCAUCUUGUCAGACACGUCAGAUGAGGAGGAUGUCAGUGUCACCAUGGGCACAGGAGAGAAACUGAGACUCUCAGCACACACAAUGUUGCCCAGUAAUAAAACCAGAGAGCCUUCGAAUUCCAAGCCACAGAAGGAAAAAAGUAAAGUUAAGAAGAAGCGAAAGAAAGAAACAAAAGGCAAAGAAGUUCGUUUUGGAAAAAGAAACGACAAGUUCUGUUCCUCAGAGUCAGAAAGUGAGACCUCAGAGAGUGGUGAGGAUGAUGGGGACUCGGUGGGGAGCUCCAGCUGCCUCAAGGAGUCCCCAUUGGUGCUGAAGGACCCCUCCCUGUUCAGUUCCUUGUCUGCCUCCUCCACCUCGUCUCAUGGGAGCUCUGCUGCCCAGAAGCAUAACCCCAGCCACACCGACCAGCACACCAAGCACUGGCGGACAGACAAUUGGAAAACCAUCUCUUCUCCUGCCUGGUCAGAGGUCAGCUCUUUAUCAGACUCCACAAGGACGAGACUGACAAGUGAGUCUGAUUGUUCCUCUGAGGGCUCCAGUGUGGAAUCACUGAAGCCUGUGAGGAAGAGACAGGAACAUAGGAAAAGGGGCAGCCUGCAGAGCACUCUGACCGAGAAAAGGAGCUCCAUCCACUCCAGUGGGGAUGGUGCCAUUCCCAAGCUGGACAAAGAAGGAAAAGUUGUCAAAAAACACAAAAUGAAACAUAAACAUAAAAGUAAGGAGAAAGGGCUGUGUUCAGUGAGUCAGGAGCUCAAGUUGAAAAGUUUCACUUAUGAAUAUGAGGACUCCAAGCAACGGUCAGAUAAGGCCAUACUUUUAGACAAUGAUAUUUCCACUGAAAAUAAGAUAAAAGUAUUAAAACAUGAUAGAGACCACUUUAAGAAAGAAGAAAAACUUAGCAAAAUGAAAUCAGAAGAAAAGGAAUGGCUGUUUAAAGAUGAGGUGUUAAAGGUCUCCAAAGAUGAAAAAUCACUCAAGAGAAUCAAAGACAUGAACAAAGACAUGAGCAGGCCUUUCCGAGAAGAGAAAGACCGUUCAAAUAAGGCUGAAAAGGAAAAACUAGUCAAGGAAAAGUCCCCAAAAGAGGAAAAACUCCGGCUAUACAAAGAGGAAAGAAAGAAAAAAUCCAAAGAUAGGUCCUCAAAACUAGAGAAAAAGAAUGACUUUAAAGAGGAUAAACUUUCAAAAGAAAAGAUUUUCAAAGAAGACAAAAUUAAAAAAGAAAAAGUAUAUAGGGAAGAGUCUGCUUUUGAUGAGUACUGUAACAAAAGUCAAUUUCUAGAGAGCGAAGACACCAAGUUUAGCCUUUCCGAUGACCAGCAGGAAAGGUGGUUUUCUGACUUGUCAGACUCAUCCUUUGACUUCAAGGGGGAAGACAGUUGGGACUCUCCUGUUACUGACUAUAGAGAUAUUAAAAGUGACUCUGUGGCCAGGCUGAUCUUGGAGACGGUAAAGGAGGACAGCAAGGAGAAGAGGCGGGAAAACAGAGCCCGGGACAAGCGAGAACAUGGUGAACGGCGAAGUGACAGAGACACAUUCUUCAGAAAGAAAGACAGGGACUAUCUGGACAAGAACUCUGACAAGAGAAAAGACCAAGCCGAGAAGCAUAAAAGCAUCCCCAGCUACCUCUCAGACAAGGACAAGAAGAGGAGAGAGUGUGGCGACGGUGGGCGGGACCGAAAGGACCGAGAGCUGGGUGAGGGCGGCCGAGAUAGAAAGGAGCCACUGGACACCACCAAGGAGCGCAAGGAUGGCAGGGUCAGGCCUGAGGAGGAGCUGAAGGAUCACAGCAGUGAGAACGUCUUCAAGGACAGGCCCGACUGUGACUUUGGCAAGAACCUGGAACCUUGGGAAAGGCAUCAUCUGGUGAGAGAGAAAGAGAAGAAGGAAAAGUCCAAGUCAGAGAAGUAUAAAGAGAAGUCCAGCGACAAGGACAAAAGUGAAAAAUCUAUCCUUGAAAAAUGUCAAAAAGACAAAGAGUUUGAUAAGUGUUUUAAAGAAAAAAAGGAUGCUAAGGAUAAGCAUAAAGAUCUCUACAGCAAAGACAAAGAAAGAAAGUCAAGUCUUGACCAAGUUAAGGAGAAGAAGGAGAAGACUUUCCCUGGAAUCAUCUCUGAAGACUUUCCUGAAAAAAAAGAUGAAAAGAAAGGUAAAGAGAAGAGCUGGUACAUUGCUGAUAUAUUCACAGACGAAAGUGAAGAUGAAAAGGAUGACUACCCAGCAGGUGGAUUCAAGAUUUCAGAGACCAAUGACAUGCAGAAGGCUGACAGCCUCCAGGAGAGGGAAGACACCAGAGAGCCCUGCCCCUUGGACAGGCAUAGGAAGAGCUCUGCUGACCGGCUGCAUUCUGAGAAGCAGAAGGACAAAGAACUCAAAGAAAAGAAAAAGGGAACCACCGAAGGCGGGAAAGACAAGAAAGAAAAGGUCUUUGAAAAACACAAAGAGAAGAAAGAUAAGGAAUCCACAGAAAAGUAUAAGGACAGGAAAGAUCGAACUUCAGUGGAUUCCACACAAGAGAAGAGAAGCAAACCGAAGCUCCCUGAGAAGGGGGAGAAGAAGGCCUCUGCAGAAGAUAAGAUCAGGAGCAGGCACAGAGAGAGGCCUGACAAGGAGCACUGCCGAGAACGGAAGGUGUCUAGGAGCAGUGAGAUGGAGCGGAGUCUGCUGGAGAAGCUGGAGGAGGCAGCUCUGCAGGAAUUCAGGGAUGACUCCAAUGACAAGAUAAGUGAAGUAUCAUCUGACAGCUUCCCCGACAGAGGUCAGGACCCAACCCUGAGUGCCCUCCUGGAGGUGUCCUUCCCAGAGCCCCUAGAAGAUAAGGCCAAGGACAAGGAGAGACUCCGACACUCUUCGUCCUCCUCCAAGAAAAGCCAUGACCGGGAGAAAGUCAAGAAGGAAAAGUCUGAAAAGCGAGACAAGAGUGAAGACUACAAGGACUCAAGCAGCAGGAAAGACCCAGGCCCUUAUGAGAAGGAGUUCCUGGAUGCAGACUCUUACAGCCUUUCUUACAGCUCAAAAGCUGAUCUUGAGGAUGAACUCGACAAGGCUAUUGAAUUGCUUUCUGCUGAAAAGAAAGACAAAAAUGAUUCAGAACGGGAGACCUGCAAGAAGCUAGAAAAGGAGCUAAAACCUUAUGGCUCCAGCGCCCUCAACCUCCUAAAAGAGAAGAGACGCCGGGAGCGGCACCGGGAGAAGGAGCGACACCGGGAGCGGCAUGGGGAUGGUCUCCAGAGGCACCACAAGGAGGAGCAGAAGCCCACAGUGAAAGAUAAAGACACCCUGAUCAACUCUCUCAAAGACAAGACCAGGGACGACAGCCUCAAGCUGGGAGAGACCAAACUGAAGGAGAAGUUCAAGGACAACCCCGAGAGAGAAAAAGACUCGGUGAAGCUGAGCAAUGGGAAUGAGCGGCUGCCCCUGUCCCGGGAGGCAACCAGAAAAGACACCAAGCCUCGAGAGAAGCUCCUCGGUGACGGGGACCUGAUGAUGACCAGCUUUGAAAGAAUGCUGUCCCAGAAAGACCUGGAAAUUGAGGAGCGGCACAAGCGGCACAAGGAGAGGAUGAAGCAGAUAGAGAAGAUGCGACACAGGUCUGGAGACCCGAAGCUCAAGGACCGGGCGAAGCUUACUGACGACGCGCGGAAGAAAAGCCUGGAUGGCCCUCUGAAGAAGCCCCCAGGGUUGGACUCUGCCCUGAAAGACAAGAAGCCCAAGGACUUAGCUCCAACUGCCCCGGCCACUGAGAGCAAACCCCACCCCGGAGCUACCACAGACACCAGAGACUGGCUUUCUCAUGGGAAAGAGGUCCUGCCCGCCUCUCCCCGGCCUGACCAGCACCGGCCCACCGGGGUACCCGCUCCAGCAUCAGUGCUGUCCUGCCCUAGCUAUGAAGAAGCCAUGCACACACCCCGGACGCCAUCCUGCAGUGCCGACGACUACCCUGACCUCAUGUUUGACUGUACAGAACCCCCACCCGUCCCCAGUGUGGCUGCCAGCACCGGCUCCCCUUCCUUCUUUGAUAGGUUCUCCAUGGCAGCAACUGGGGGCUCAGAAACCCCAAGCCAGACACCUACGCGGCCCGUGUGCACAAGCCUGUACCGCUCUGUCUCUGUGGACAUCAGAAGAACCCCCGAGGAAGAAUUCAGUGUGGGGGACAAGCUUUUCAGGCAGCAGAGUGUCCCUGCUGCACCCAGUUAUGAGUCCCCCAGGCAGCACUUGGAAGACAAGGCCCCUGGGCCCCCAGGCCCUACGGACAAGUUUGCCUGCCUGUCCCCAGGGUAUUACUCCCCUGACUAUGGCAUACCUUCCUCCCCCAAAGGAGAGACUCUGCAAUGCCCGCCUCCAGCUGGGGUCACUAUCGCCCCAUCCCCAGAAACCACCUUCUCCAGUCUGCAAGUCAAGUCCCCCACCUCCCACAGGGAUGCGCUGCUGACCCCUUCCAUGGAGGGGGCCCUUCCCCCUGACUUGGGCAUUCCCCUGGAUGCCACGGAGGACCAGCAAGCUACUGCUGCCAUUAUCCCCCCAGAGCCCAACUACCUGGAGCCCCUAGAUGAAGGUCCCUUCAGUGCAGUCAUCACAGAGGCACCCAUGGAGUGGGCGCACCCCACUGCCUCUGACCAGGCUCUUGCUUCCAGCCUGAUGGGCAGUGCCUCUGAAAACCCCGUCAGCUGGCCUGUAGGACCUGAACUUCUGCUCAAGUCUCCUCAGAGAUUCCCAGACUCCCCAAAACAUUUCUGCUCUACUGAGUCCCUCCACUCUGCUGCCCCGGGUACCUUCACCACAACGGAGCCCCCUUACCCCGCGUCACCUAUCUCUUACCCACUGUCGGUCCCUAAGCCAGGACUUGAGGAUGGCAAGGAUGAGACUGUGGAAGCUGUCUCUGUCACCAUCCCAGCUUCUGAGGAGCCUACCCCUUUCUCCCCUCCCACUAGGCUGGAGUCCUUCUUCAGUAACUGCAAGCCACUUCCAGAAGCACCCCCUGAUGCACCCUCAGAACCUGCGAGCAUGACCCCUGGAGCUCCAGUGGAGGCUCUGGGAUCCCUAGAAAGUAACUUCCUAGAAAAUGGCCACAGCCUGGCAGCCCUUGGCCAGGUGGAACCAGUGACCUGGACUGAUGCUUUCCCCAACUCCGAAGAUGACUUGGACCUAGGGCCCUUCUCGCUGCCAGAGCUGCCUUUGCAAAGCAAGGAUGUAUCUGAUGUUGAGACGGACCCUGUGGAAGAAAGUCCUCUAGUCCCUCCAGAGAGUGCCCCUGUGGGGACAUCUGUGGCGAACUGUGGGGAAGAUGGAGCCAUAGCUGCUGAAGAGCAGCUCCCACCGCCUCCUGAGCAGGUGGUCCCCGGACUCCCUUCAGAGCCCGAGACCCCCAAGGAACCAAAGCCAGACAUAACACAGGAGGCUCCAGGGGACACAGGGGCUGUAUCCGAGCGGAAGGCUCCCGAGGACACCGACUCCUACGCUGGGGCCCCGGCACCAUCUGAGCCGUGUCCUCUGGGGAAUGGAGAGGAGGAGGGUGAGGGCCAAGAGCCCUUGGCUGCAGCCCACUGUGUGCCUGACACCCCCAUGGAUGAGCCAGAUGCGACUAGCCCUCAGGACCAUGCUGGCUUGGAGGGCCCUCCGGGGAGCAGUCAGCCUGAGGUUGCAGAACCAGAACCCAAACCCUCGGCUGAGGCCCCAAAGGUAACAACCCGUGUGGAGGAGGUGCCCCAGCGCAUGACCAGGACCCGGGCACAGAUGUUAGCCAACCAGAGCAAGCAGAGCUCGCCCCCUACCGAGAAGGACCCUGCCCCUGCACCCAGAGCUAAGGGUCGAGGCUCAGAGGAGGAAGAUGCCCAGGCCCAGCAUCCACGCAAGCGCCGCCUCCAGCGCUCCGGACAGCCACUGCCACAGCCGCUGAACACACCCACACGCCAGACAAGGGAGGUGAUUCAGCAGACUUUGGCUGCCAUUGUGGAUGCCAUCAAGCUGGAUGCCAUCGAGCCCUACCACAGUGACCGCUCCAACCCAUACUUCGAGUACCUGCAGAUCCGCAAGAAGAUUGAGGAGAAGCGGAAGAUCCUUUGCUACAUCACCCCCCAGGCCCCACAGUGCUAUGCUGAGUAUGUCACUUACACGGGCUCCUACCUCCUAGACGGCAAGCCUCUCAGCAAGCUGCACAUCCCUGUGAUCGCACCCCCACCCUCCUUAGCGGAGCCCCUGAAGGAACUAUUCAAGCAGCAAGAGGCUGUGCGGGGCAAGCUGCGCCUGCAGCACAGCAUCGAGCGGGAGAAACUCAUAGUGUCAUGUGAGCAGGAGAUCCUGCGGGUUCACUGCCGGGCAGCCAGGACCAUCGCCAACCAGGCCGUGCCAUUCAGCGCCUGCACCAUGCUGCUGGACUCGGAGGUGUACAACAUGCCCCUCGAGAGCCAGGGCGAUGAGAACAAGUCUGUACGGGACCGUUUCAAUGCCCGGCAGUUCAUCUCCUGGCUUCAGGAUGUGGAUGACAAAUAUGACCGCAUGAAGACGUGUCUCCUGAUGCGGCAGCAGCAUGAAGCAGCGGCCCUCAAUGCAGUGCAGAGGAUGGAGUGGCAGCUAAAGGUCCAGGAGCUGGAUCCGGCUGGUCAUAAGUCUCUGUGUGUGAAUGAGGUGCCGUCCUUCUACGUGCCCAUGGUUGAUGUCAAUGACGACUUCGUGCUCUUGCCUGCCUGAUGCAGUGCCACAGUCACACAGGACACCGGCGAGGGCCACACGGCCAUCAGCACUGCUGCCGAGUCCCUUGGGGACACCAGGCAAGAGGCCACACCCGCCCCUAGAGUGCGGCUCUUGUACCCCGCCCACCGUGGGAGGAUGAGGUGCUGUGCAGAUCCGAGGGCUGCACGGCAGUCCAGGAGCUGCAGACGGAGUGCGUUGUCUACAAUGUCUUGUUCCAUUCUGAUCAACUAAAGGAAAUACAAUUCAGGCAUCCACCCUCAAAAACAGUGACCUCCCAAUGGGAGGGAAAGGACAGCGCCGUGCCGAGCCAGGGCCCGGCUGCGCCGCCUGCGCCAGAGGGACACGGAGCCAGGACUCUCCUGUCGUGUUUUUAAUGGAGUCAAAUCCACGUGGUUUGUAUAUUUUUUCCUUUAAUCUUGGGCAUUUUGUUUCUCUUUCUGAGAACAUAACUUGAAACACUACAGAGCCAAUAAUCAUAUAAAAAGUGUACCCGUAAACGCUGUACAGUUUUAUACACAUUCACAAUGUACUUUUGCUGCCUUCUAGAUAAUUUAUUUUGCAACACAUUACUGCACAGUUGUAAAUAACUUAUGUACUGUAACAUCACUUCAGUUAUGUGUAAAGAAAUAAAUAAAUUAAUUAAAUGCU